GGGCCACACGCUCGGCCGGUGUCGGCUCGCAUACGCGCUCAGUCGUGCUCCGGCCUCGCUUGCGUACAAACGUCAGGCGGGAGCCAUUCGAUAGGACAACAGCAUACGUACACAGUGUUUUCUUCUUCUGUGUCGUACAUACGUGUGCCCGUGAGAGUGCUUACAUAUACACAGACCUGUGGCAAAUAUAAUACACGUUCGUAUAUAUACGUAUAUCUAAUACGCUCAUCUCUCUUUGCCACUUCGUCCUUCGAUCAUCUCUAUCUCGUCUUCUCGCGUAAAAGUCACACAUACUUAGAAGGGACUUAAGGUGUCGCGUGCGACGAGUACACCGGGAGUAACAAUACGACAGUGCUGUAUCGAAACGUUAUCUUGUGACUGAUAUCGAUAUAUUAUAUUUGUACAUAUACUGAUAGUGCAGCGACAGCAGUGACGAAGGGACGUCGAGUCUAACGUGCUCCGAUUAACUUCGUUCCGUUAGUCAGCCGAGUGUGUGGUAAAGCUGAGAGUGCCUGCGAGAGCAGGAAGGAAGAACAAAGAAGCGACGUCCUCUGCCAGUCGGUGGAAGCAGAGCGGGGCUUGCGAAGACUGUCCCCUUCUGAAGUCUCUCUUCUCUCUGUCUCUUCACCCCUUUCUCUGUGGAUCUUCAUCUCAUCGGGUGUUCUCCUACUCUCGGAUCUGUCUCUGUCUCUUCGCUUUCUUCAUUUCUUCGCCAUCGACAUCGUGUGAACACAGCAACGAGAAGUUGGUUUCGUCUUGAGACGCUAAGAUGAGAUUGGAGGAAGACCUUGUGAUUCGUAGGAGCAGACCAACGAUGAUUUCGGCCAAGUACCGUGCGAGGGAGGAACGUCGUCGCUUGCUUAAAAUUUCAGCCGGUAAGCUAAGGAGGAUCGAGGACCCAGAGGCUAGCCUGUGCAGAUCGGUUCUCAUAAACAACGCCGUCAGGCGGCUGCAACGUGAAAACCGAGACGAAAAGACGAGGAAUUACGGGCUUCCGGUGGUCACGUAUCUAAAUGAUUCCACCAAAGAGAAUAACGUUUCCAGCAACCUUAUCGUCGGAGUAACAGACGACGAAACGUCCUCCAGGAAGAGAUUAAGCGAUGACACGCGGAACGAUGGAAUCAGCCCCAAGCGACAGAGGCACGAUGAUCUUGACCUUCAGGACGAUGUGUUCAGCGACUUUUACAUUCUGCCUCCGACUCCGCGAUUACUGUCUCAUAUAGACGAAGUCCAGGAACCCGAAUCUCCGCAUCAUCACCAUCUGGUGUACUCUGAGGACCGCCUGGGCUCUGUAGAUGUUCGAUCGACAACAACGAUCAUCAGCAGUAGCACCGCAAAUACAACCACCACCAGUAGCACCAGCACGUCCGCGAGUAGUUGCUGUAACUCCGUCAUGUUCCCUACCGAACUAGAUGACACUAGCAGUCAACUAACCAGUGUUGCUAGAUCUACCGACGUAGGCAGCAUAAUGGAAGCUUCGGACGUGGUCGACCCUGACAGGAUCUGCGAUUUUGCAAGGUUCGCAGACUCCGCCAAGAGUCUAGAAGAACGUUUAGUCGAGUUACAGUCGCUGGACGAACAUUUUGACCUGGCGAAAUUCGAGAGGAACAACAAUCAGAGUUGUGGCAGAGCGUUCCACGAUAUCCAGACCUUCCACAGUUUGGUACCUGGACUGGAAACCUAGAAGGGAGCCUCGUGCCUCGAGCACCCUCCUCUCGUCGUGUCUGGCUCGACAGAAAAAGAUGACCACGAACACGAUAACGACGAUGAUGCGGGUAGACGGCUUCGCGGCACAUACGAGGAACCACGGCGAGGAUGAACCUGAUAUCUGGGGGGGUGAACAUUCUGUCUAGAAUAUGGUGCCCUCUAUGGGGCUUUGACUUGAUGGCACGAGCAUCGUCGACACGGCUGGACGACCUAUCAGAGGGUCUCUGUUUGAUAUUUGGGAAAGCACAAAGGACGAACUUUUGGUACCGAACAGUACCAGUAAGAGAAAGAUAUAUGUAGGCUUCCGUAAGGCUUAUUUUCAUCGUCCUUGAAUUUUUUUGGUCGUUCAGCAGCCGUCAACGAUUUAAGACUGCGUGGGGGAUAAGUAAAGUACUUUUCGUGGAUAAAAUGCGUUUUCAGCAGUUCUGGGUCGAUGGAAGUCUGGCUUCGAUUGAGUGUUGUCGAUGUGUACGUCACCAAUAGUUGAUAUAAACGUUGUUGGUUGUACGUGCAUCGGUACCAAAAUAUUCUGAAACACGCAUUACAUAUAUAAUUUGUAUAUAUUCGAGUACGUUUCUAAGAGCACGUUAACGAUUAUAUUAUUAUAACGAAUUUAUAGUGGAGAUAUUUCCGGAGAAAGUGAAUAAGCGCCGACACACAGGAGAAAAAAUGCCGCAAAUGAGACGCGUGCGUCUGUUGUGUAUAAAUGCCUUUAGAGUAGUUGUAAAUCGAUGUAAACGUGAAGCGCGCCCGAUAUCGAAUGAAUUUCACUAUCGCGCGAUUAUGCCACAAUGGGCCUUCGAUUUUUGUUAACAAUAUUUUAUCGUUCCUUUCUCUUUCCUUAAUUUUUUUUUUCGUGGUUCCCCUUGUGAUUCUACAGACAAUGAAAAAUGAAUUUUAGAACAUCGACAGAUUACCAUUAUCCAAUGUGUGAUUUUUUUUGUAAAUCACAAACAGAUAAUGUGUCGUCGGAUGGCGAAAAAUCGUUGGUUGUAAAAAAUAUAUUUCUUUGCUAAACUAUUAAACUAUUUUAUUCCUUUUUUGCGUUUUUUUUUUUCUUUUUUUGCGAUAUUCUUGUUCGGAGUGAUAAUCGUUGAACGUUUGUGUUUCUCGCGUGGCAUUUUCUUUUGUUAACACUUUUUUUCCUUCUUAUUCCUAAUGAUGAAACUCAUUAGUUAGUAUCAAUUUGUAUAACGACGAAUUUUGUUACGUCGAAAUACGCAACCGUACGAUUUAUAUACACGCUGUAUGCAUACUGUUUAUAAUCAUUGUUUUUAAAAAGGUAUGUAAUAAGUUCGGAUUUGUAAGACGUACGUUAGCAUGGAUUUUGCGGACACUGUGCAGUGCAAUAGUUUGUCCCUUCUUUCUUCUCACAGAAGAAUACCGGAACAUGUCGCAAAUCGUUUUCGAACAUCGAAUAUAUUAUUACUACACAGAUACGUGAAUACUCGAGAUCGAUCUGCGACACUUGACCACCUCUGCGUUGAUUAAUUCGUAACAGUGCCGCCAUGAUUCUUCUAUAAACUCAUAAUCAGUGCAGUCUAGGUGAAUUCCUUGACUAUGCCAUUUUUAAGCUGAUUUGGAAAUAUGCCGUCUUAAUCUGUUUCUGUCCCCAUUCACAAAAGUGCUAAAAAGGAAUUGGACGAUCAAUGUCACGCGUGCAAUCAUUUUUUCUACAUUUUAUUUAAACUGACCACUUUUAUACGUUUUGCACAUAUUAUAAAUUUAACGAAUCAUACACAGGAAUACCCCCUGAUCUUUUUUGUACAGGAUAAUAACAGAUGCAUUUGAAUCCUCUGAGCGUCGCGGUGUUGCGUUACGAUUCGUGCCGUAACCUGUGAGGGUAGCCGCGAAACUACAUAUUACGUAAUCGAUGAUUGAAUCAUUGUACAUAUAAACAUUUGUACCGUUCUGUAAACCCGGUAAGAGGAAAUAGAAACAAUGACGAAAGCGUGAAAAGCGAUGCAAAGAGAAAUCCAAUCUUCCUUUCGAACGUCUAAACCGCCUUUCGAGGGAAAUUUCUCGACGCGAGUCGUAUUAUCGCGUCGAAGGACCGUCUCGAUUCGUGGUUUGACGCGUUCACACUGUAAAUAGUCACAUUAGCACCCUUAAAAUAACUAUGUAUAAAAUUUCAUACGUUGUUUAGGUUUUUAGUACUAGUUAUUCAAGAUCAGUUACCAAUUAUAUGAACAAAUUGCAAAUAAACUGCAGAAAUAUAA